ACAAGUAGAAUGAAAGAUUGGGCAGCUCCCAUCAUAGCUGUGGCCCUGUUUGCGUUUCUCACGCCAGGAGUGCUCUUCCAAUUACCUGGGAACCAUCAGCCGGUUGAAGUUGUUAAUAUGAAGACAAGUUUCAUCUCCAUUUUAGUUCAUGCAGUCAUCUAUGGUUUGCUCCUUAUGCUGUUCCUCGUUAUUCUUCAUGUACACAUCUAUGUUUAAUUUGUCUUCAAUACUAGAAUUUGAGAAAGAAGCCGCUCACAGUAUCUAUCUCUCUCUCACUCACUCUAAUUGAAAAAAGUCUUUCCGUUUCUUUUACUCGUGUUUCCUCUCAUCG